AUGUCCUUCGCAAUGCAGAGUUUUUUUGCCAGCUGCAACACACGGCCUGGGGCAGUAGCAGAACUCCUGGAGCCUUUCUGCCUCUACGGUGUGGUUUCAGCACUUUGGGUGUCCGCGCGCCAUGGGCACCCCAAAGGCAAACAGCUACUGCGCCACGCCCAGUUCUUGUUGGGAGAAGUCUUCCGCAGUGCCCUGGACUUCAUGGAGGGCUCGGCGUGGACCUUGACGUCCCUGGACAUCCUGGCGAACUUAGAGCAUGAGCAGUUUUCUUUGCCACAAGAGCUUCGUGAUCAGUAUCCUGUGAGGAUCCAGGCCGAUAAGCCUUGCAACGAGGAGCCUGUCCUGAUGGUCUGGGAGAUGGGUGUUCAUGCCACGCUCUCGGCUGAGCCGAUUCAGAUGUUGGCGCGAAUUUUGACAGAAGUCCGGCUGCGCCACCGGAACCUCAUCCAAGACCAAUACCCGAAGUGGCUCCCCAAUCGCUGUUCAACUCUCUAUCAUCAUCCUAGGCUGGUGUGUGAUGAAACGAGGGACGAGAUCACGGAUCUGUUCAGAAUGCGGAUACCGCACAGUGCUGUGUCCAAGGAUCCCAUCCAAGAUAUGGAAGCCUUUCAGACGGACUUUCUUCAUGUGGCAGCGGACCGCCUGAAGUCUGUAGACCUCUUCCUUUGCACGGUGGCCUAUCUCUGCCUGCUCGUGGAGACCUUGGAUGUGCCAACCCUCGGCUAUUUUGGGCACCCACUGCUGUUCAUGGUCUCUGAUGACGCGGACGUGCGAGAAGGGUUUUGGAGUCGUUUUUCGACCAUGGCAAGGACGAGAUCGGUAGAGUUUGCCGUGAGCGAUCCGUUCCUCCAGAUGCAAUAUGAGUACCAGAUCGGUGCUCCUCGCCUGCCUGCAAUCCGCACGCACGCUCUCUACACUGGUGCAACCCACUUCCCUCAGCGUCCAGAGGAAGUUCUGGUCUUAGACCGGCCACACGAGUCAGUACUGAUGUGCCUCCUCCGCCGGAGCAUGACAGAGGGAAUGCCAGAGAAG